CCUGAGAAACACAUCGCACCUUGACUUGCACACAGAACAGGGAACGAUAUCUCUUCUUUUAUACAUUGACAAAUGAAACCCUAACAUUUACAAGGAAAAAAUGCGUAAAUAUGAACAUUUUAGUAUUGAAUCUUAAUUGGUUGUUGGCUCCGUUCUGAUUAUUUAUUUAUUUAUUUAUUUAUUUAUUUUUAAAACCUAUUGGGACUUUGGAGAUCCGCAUACGCAGUUUUAUCGCUCCCAUUUCUUCCGCUCAUUCGACACCGAUGCAGUGAUUUUUUUUUCUUCUUAUCAGACGAAAGCCUGAAUCGAUAUGGAGGCAAUCAACCAGGUCCAUCGGUGAGGUUGACCUGUCAAGGGGCGCACAAUGGUCCAUUUCUCAAGGUUAUGGAUCAAUAUGUCAAAACGGAUGUGAAUUGAAGGUUUGUGAACACUGAGGGCCCUAUUCGGGCCUGCACGUUAACACUGCAAAGUUUGUAUUUUUAUCUACUUUCAGUUUAGUGCUGAGUAUAGGCCUACACAAUGACUUUUUUAACUAGACGUAAAUGACCCUAAAUUUAAUGACACUCUACACCCCAGAUGAACUCUAUGCUUUAAAGCACCACACAUGGCUGCAAUUUAUAUAGAUACUUUGAUGACUCGGCCCCACUGUAGCACACCUGGAUUCCACUGAAAGUUUUUAAAGUUAAAUAUUAGCCUUAUUUUUUUUAGUAAACCAUUGUUUUAGGCAAAAUUUAAUCACUUUAUUGAUCUGAUUUGUAUUCAGAUUGUUCAGGUUACCUUUAACCUGAAAAUAGUUGGCCGUAAUACAGCCCUCUCCCUUUCUCAGUGAACAAUGAAUAAAUUAUCCCAAAUGUAUAGCAGUCCUGUAUGCUAUAGGUAGCUUUGUCACACUUUAGUAGCAGACAACUAAGAGAGCUGAACAACUGUAGUUUUUUUUAUUAGUUCUGUUGUUAGUAACUUCCUUUCCUAAUCACAAUGAGCUUCUCAAUGAGGAACGGCGCACAUUUAAUCUGGAUAGGCCUGUUGGUUUGUUGCCUUGUUGAUAUGGGGGCUAGCAUGGAGUUCACAGGUGCAGAAGGCCAGUGGGCGAGGUUUCCUAUGUGGAAUGCCUGCUGCGAGAGUGAAAUGAGCUUCAACAUGAAGACAAAAAGUGCUCAUGGACUUUUAGUGUACUUUGACGAUGAAGGAUUCUGUGACUUCUUGGAACUGCUCAUCCACAACGGUAGACUUAGUUUGCGUUUCUCCAUCUUCUGCGCUGAGCCAGCAACAGUACUCUCUGACACUGCAGUCAAUGACAGCCGCUGGCACGCUGUUACCUUGCGCAGGAAUUUCAAAAACACUACACUAGUUGUGGAUGAAGAAAUCAAGUGGGUGGAGGUUAAGUCUAAAAGGAGGGACAUGACAGUCUUCAGCCAUUUAUUCUUAGGAGGGAUACCUCCUGAACUGCGAUCUGUAGCACUACGCCUCACAUCUUCAGCCAUCAAAGAUCAGGUCCCAUACAAAGGAUGGAUAAACAAUCUGAGAGUGAAUGGUUCCGAGCCAGUGCUCGUUGGUAGUGAGGGAAUCAACAGUGACAUUUGCGAAGACGACCAUAUUUGCCUGAACGGAGGAGUCUGCAGUAUCGUCAACGACAAGCCCAUUUGCGACUGCUCUGAAACGGGAUUCCAGGGAAAAGACUGCAGUGAAGAAGAGGCCUAUGUCGGAGGUCUUGCACACCUGAUGAUGGGCGACCAAGAGAGAGAGGAGUAUGUGGCCACCUUCAAGGGUUCAGAGUAUUUCUGUUACGACCUCUCCCCGAACCCCAUCCAGAGCAGCAGUGAUGAGAUUACGCUCUCCUUCAAGACCCUGCAGCGCAACGGACUGAUGCUCCACACCGGAAAGUCUGCAGACUAUGUCAACCUGGCGCUGAAGAACGGCGCUGUCUCGCUGGUCAUCAACCUGGGCUCUGGGGCCUUCGAGGCCCUGGUGGAGCCCGUCAAUGGGAAAUUUAAUGACAAUGCCUGGCAUGAUGUGAAGGUUACCAGGAACCUUCGUCAGCACUCAGGCAUUGGACACGCUAUGGUUACAAUAUCCGUGGAUGGAAUUCUCACCACCACUGGAUAUACACAAGAGGACUACACCAUGCUAGGCUCUGAUGACUUUUUCUAUGUCGGGGGUAGCCCCAGCACUGCCGAUCUGCCCGGAUCCCCCGUUAGCAACAACUUUAUGGGCUGCCUGAAAGAGGUUGUGUACAAAAACAACGACGUAAGGCUCGAGCUGUCUCGACUGGCCAAGCUAGGUGACCCCAAGAUGAAGGUGAGCGGUGUGGUGGCCUUCAAAUGUGAGAAUGUGGCUACUCUGGAUCCUGUCACCUUCGAGACGCCAGAGUCAUUCAUAACUCUUGACAAGUGGUCAGCCAAAAAAGCUGGUUCCAUCUCCUUUGAUUUCCGCACCACUGAGCCCAACGGUCUGCUCCUCUUCAGCCAUGGAAAACCCAAACCGCAGAUGCAAAAAGACCCCAAGAGCCCCAAGACCUUGAAGGUGGAUUUCUUCGCCAUAGAGAUGCUGGAUGGCCAUCUGUACCUUUUGCUCGACAUGGGCUCGGGAACCACCAAAACCCAUGCUGUCAACAAAAAGGUCAACGAUGGGGAAUGGUACCAUGUGGACUUCCAGAGAGACGGAAGAUCAGGCACCAUCUCUGUCAACUCCAUCCGCACUCCCUACAAUGCUCCUGGAGAGAGUGAGAUCCUGGACCUGGAUGACAUACUCUACCUGGGCGGCCUGCCAGAGGACCGUGCUGGGCUGAUCUUCCCCACUGAGGUGUGGACCGCUCUGCUGAACUAUGGCUAUGUGGGCUGUGUGCGAGAUCUGUUCAUGGACGGCCAGAGCAAGGACAUCCGGCGAAUAGCAGAGGUGCAGAGGGCGGUGGGGGUGAAGCCGUCCUGUUCUAAGGAACCUCCUAAGCAGUGUCUGAGUAAUCCCUGCCUUAACAGCGGCACCUGCAGGGAGGGCUGGAACCGCUAUGUGUGUGACUGCACUGGGACAGGCUAUUUGGGUCGCUCCUGUGAGAGAGAUGCCACCAUCCUCAGUUAUGAUGGCAGUAAAUUCAUGAAGAUCCAGUUGCCAGUAGUGAUGCACACUGAGGCGGAGGACGUGUCGCUACGUUUCCGUUCUCAGCGUGCCUAUGGUGUUCUCAUGGCAACCACCUCCCGGAACUCUGCUGACACACUGAGACUGGAGCUGGACGGAGGGCGUGUCCGACUCACUGUCAAUCUAGACUGUAUCAGGAUUAACUGUACUACCAGUAAAGGUCCAGAGACCAUAUUUUCGGGCCAGAACUUGAAUGACAACGAAUGGCACACAGUUCGUGUUGUCAGGAGAGGCAAAAGUUUGAAGCUAACAGUGGAUGACCUGCAGCCCUCUGAAGGUCAAAUCACGGGGGACCACACGCAGCUUGAGUUCCACAAUGUGGAAACUGGCAUCGUCACAGAGAAGCGUUACAUGCCUGCCGUGCCUUCCAACUUCAUUGGACACCUGCAAGGCCUUUCCUUCAAUGGCAUGUCCUACAUUGACCUGUGCAAGAAUGGGGACAUCGACUACUGUGAAUUGAAUGCCAUGAUCGGCUACAGGAGUAUUGUGGCAGACCCUGUGACCUUCAAGUCUCGCUCUAGCUACGUGACCCUGCCCACCCUGCAGGCCUACUACUCCAUGCACCUGUUCUUCCAGUUUAAAACUACCUCCCCAGAUGGUCUCAUCCUUUACAACAGAGGAGACGGCAAUGACUUUAUAGUGGUGGAGCUGGUUAAAGGAUAUCUUCAUUAUGUGUCAGAUCUGGGGAAUGGAGCUCACCUCAUCAAAGGAAACUCCAACACACCUCUAAAUGACAACCACUGGCACAAUGUGAUGAUUUCACGAGAUACAAACAACCUCCACACUGUCAAAAUAGACACCAAAAUCACCACACAGACUACCAUGGGAGCCAAGAACCUGGAUCUGAAAGGUGAUCUGUAUGUGGGAGGUGUGGCCAAAGAAAUGUAUAAGGACUUGCCAAAGCUGGUGCAUUCUAAAGAAGGCUUCCAAGGCUGCUUGGCAUCUGUAGACCUGAACGGCCGUUUGCCAGACUUGCUGUCAGACGCACUGUCUAAUGCUGGCCAGGUGGAGAGAGGAUGUGAAGGUGAGGAAAACGGACCAAGCACUACCUGUCAGGAGGACUCCUGCUCCAAUCAGGGCGUGUGUCUGCAGCAGUGGGAGGGCUUCAGUUGCGACUGCAGCAUGACAUCAUUUGGAGGACCGCUCUGCAAUGACCCGGGAACAACAUACAUAUUUGGACGAGAUGGAGGGCUUAUUGUGUACACAUGGCCACCCAAUGACAGACCAAGCACACGAGCUGACCGGCUGGCUGUCGGCUUUAGCACCCAGCAGAAGGACGCAGUCCUGGUUAGGGUGGACAGCUCAUCUGGCCUAGGAGAUUACCUGCAGCUUCAGAUUGAAAAAGGCAAUAUCAAAGUGGUGUUCAAUGUGGGCACUGAUGACAUAAACAUUGAAGAAACCUCAAAGUUUGUAAAUGAUGGAAAGUACCACAUAGUUCGCUUUACAAGAAGUGGCGGUAAUGCCACCUUGCAGGUGGAUGAUCUGCCAGUCAUAGAGCGCUACCCAACAGGCAACAUUGAUAACGAACGCCUGGCGAUUGCUAGACAGCGAAUCCCAUAUCGGCUUGGUCGAGUAGUUGACGAAUGGCUACUCGACAAAGGUCGGCAGCUCACCAUCUUCAACAGUCAGACCACCAUAAAGAUCGGAGGCUGGGAGAAGGGCAGUCGGCCUUUCCAGGGUCAGCUCUCAGGGCUUUACUACAAUGGCCUCAAAGUGCUCAACAUGGCCGCAGAGGGCGACCCCAAUGUGCGUGUGGAGGGCAGUGCACGGCUGGUGGGAGAUAUGCCCUCCUCUUCUAUUACUCCCCAGUCCAGUGCUUCCGCCACGGGCAACCGCUCAGAGACGUCACCCUCCAUCACUGACAUCACCACUACAACUGCAUCCAACCGCCAGGGCAAGCAGACAACAACGCCACAGGAUGAUCUUCUGGUAGCAUCAGCCGAAUGUCCCAGCGAUGAUGAGGAUAUUGACCCAUGCGACCCAAGUUCAGGUGGGUUAGCUCACCCUCCGUUGCCUGAGGCGAAGGGUUACCCAAGCCCGGAGGUGAUUCGGGAAUCCAGCAGCACCACAGGCAUGGUCGUAGGCAUCGUCGCAGCAGCCGCUCUCUGCAUCCUAAUCCUACUCUACGCCAUGUACAAAUACAGGAACCGCGACGAGGGCUCAUACCACGUGGAUGAGAGCCGUAACUACAUCAGUAACUCCGCGGCACAGCCCAACGGAGCUGCUGUCAAAGAGAAACCCAUUGGUGUGCCAAAAAAUAAAAAAGAUAAAAAGAAUAAGGACAAGGAGUACUACGUCUGAUCUCACAGACAUUAUCCCCCUUCGCAAUCCACCCACAAAUCCUGUGCUCUGAACUCACAUGCAAAGGGGAGAUCAACCUGUGUAUAGUAAUUGAGAAAAAAAAGACAACACCGUCUUAGUUUUACCUAAGACAUGAUAUACUGUUACUAAACAAGUGAAAACAUACUUUAUAACCAAGCACACAAGAACUUUACAAAGCUUAAAAGUGUGUACAAAAUAAAAUGGGCAGACAAUAGACUGCGCAAGCACCCAGGACUUGGAGAGACUCCAUGUAGUCGACCCAGCUGUGGAUGGGGUAGGUCACGUCAGCCUUGUAUGUUCGAGUGUAUUGCUGAGAGACAAGGCCGCUGGUUAGAAUUAAGUGUAUUUCAUAUUAUGUUUCCUGUAUAUGUAUUGCUGGAAAAAUUUUCCCUCUAAAGCCAGAAACACCAUGAACAUCUGCAACAAUCCAAACAGACACUCAUUUGAUGGGGUUGGAAAAGGAAUGAAGGACUUAUCAAUGAGAUGCUACCUAUGAUUGUUAAAUCAGCCAAAGUUUUUGACUCCCUUUUCUGAUGGCAGUAUUGCAAGUUGGGAUACAAAAGGACCACUCUGUGUAGGAUCAGAACUGAUAUCCAUAUGGCGGACAAAUCCCCUGGUGUCAAAGAGAAUUGUGGAGGCCUUAAAUAUCAAUCCAAGUGUAAAGGGUGUAGGAUUUUCUUCUAUUUGUAUGCUUGUCAAAAAUAAUGACAGAUUACGCUGAUGAUGACGAGGAAUACUGGGGCCAUUUGGGAUAGACUGAGAAGAACUUCAUGCACGUAAAGUAUCUUAUUACAUGUUUAUAUACGGUGCAAAGACUAUCUGUGUGCUCUCUGGACUGUGGCUGAAGUGGUGUUUAUAGCCUGUUAUAUAGAUGAUGCCAACUACAGUAUACCUGCUCUUCAAACUUUUUUUUUUUUUAGAAAAUACAAAGGCGAAAACCUCGAAAAACAGACAGAUUAAAUUAAAUGUAAAUGUGUUGCUAUAGCGUUAGAACCGUUUCUGCCAUUAGCUAUAAAGAUUUUAUUUUCCCUCCUUUAUGUUCAUCUUCGACAUCUCUGUUAUUUUUGACAUAUUCCUUUUUUUUUUUCUUUGUAUUUAAUGUUACGUCAACAUGAAAAGGCUCUGUCAGGUUCUGAAAAGCAAACAGACAUGUGGAAAAUGAAAUAAGAUUUUGGUCUGUUUAAGCAAUAUCCUCUUGCUUGUCUUAGUGACCAACCAAAUUAUGCAUGGUAUUUAGGACUCAACUUUAGAUCAACAGAGAGACAAUAUCAUAAUCUCAAAGUAACAAUGAAUUCAGUCCCUGAAAUUUGAGUAUUGGGUAAUAGCUUAAAAGAUCACAAAGAUAGAAAAGAACCCUUCAAACAUGUUUGCAAGCAUCCUCUCUGCUAUCUUGUACAGUGCAGAAUGUACAAGAGGUAUAAAAUAUAUGACAUUCUGAAUAAAAUGUUUGCUUUUUGUUUUUUGUGUUUUUUAUUUGUGUACAAUUUUUCUAUAAAACCUUCUUUUGUUUUUAUUGUGACAAUUCUUUGAUGACCUCAAAGUGAAGAUUUAUUAUGAAAAAAUAGUUUUGAAAAAUCAAAUGAAUAAAUAAAAUAUUAAGACCUGAAAGAA